AUGUGUGGAAAAAAAGAUAAGAGCGUAGUGGACAAAUUGCUUGCCCGACUUCUUAUAGUAAAUAACAUAUCAUUUGAUGUUGUUCAAAUGACAUCCUUUAUUCGCUUUGUGCAAGGUGUUGCUGAUUAUGGUCCUAAAUAUAAGUUACCCUCUAAUUUGACUCUUCAAAGGAAGUUAAUACCAAAUUUGAAGAGAGCAUUUAUCAAUAUUAAUGCAAAAUCUCCUAGUGGAGCAAUAUUUUUGAAGUCAUUUGAAGUUUCAAAGGAUAAAAUAACAACACUAUAUAUUAAAGACAUCAUUUCUUCAGUAAUUGAAGAAAUUGGGUCCAAUAAUGUUGUUCAAUUAAUCAUUGAUAAUACUACAAAUUUUGAGUCUGCUGGAGACAUACUUAUUGGCAAGUACCCUCGGUUGUACAAAACCCAAUGCGCUACUUAUGGCAUUCAAUUACUUUUGAAGGAUAUAUGUGAGGAAGUUGAUUCGGUGCAGAAGAUAAUUAGGGAUGCAAAAGCAAUUGUUUCAUAUAUGUAUAUGGAUAGUAUCAUUUUGUCACUCAUGAGAGAGUACACAAACCAUAAAGAAUUGAAACAUCUUGGUAGAUGUAGGUCUUAUAGCUUCUUGAUGCUUCAAUCUAUUUUGAAUGUUCGAGAUGAAUUGCAGUUACUUGUUGCAUCUUCCAAGUGGGAAGAAUUGAAUCAUAAUGAAAAGGACAUCAGUAAAGAAGUGGUUGCUAGUAUUAUCCAAAGUACAGAAUUUUGGAGUCAAGGGAAAGAGGCGCUACUAGUUUUGGAGCCUUUGGUUCGUGUUCUUCGAUUGGUAGAUAUUGAUUGGUCAACUACAGGAUACUUAUAUGAAGCAAUGGAAAUGGCAAAAGAAGCAAUUAAGCAACAAUGUGCUAGCAAUCAAGACAAAUAUAUGCAGAUAUGGGAGUUAGUUAAUUGUAGGUGUACUGAAAAUAUAAUCCACCCAAUUCAUGAUGCUGCGACAUUUUUGAAUCCAUCUUACUUGUGUAGUGAGAAAUUUAAAGGGAAUAGUGAGAUAAAAGAUGGUAUAAGUUUCAUUUUGGAGAAUUUGGUGGCUAUUGAAGAAAGGGAAGAUUUCAUGAAACAAGUGCAACUUUAUCGCAAUAAAAUACCAAGCUUGUUUACAGUUACAGCAAAGACAAUGUUGAAAACAUCUCAUCCUAGAAUAUGGUGGGAAUUCUGUGGAGAUCGUCUUCCUAUCUUACAAAGGUAUGCCAUUCGAAUUUUGAGUCAACCUUGUAGUUCAUCCUCGUGUAAGCGAAAUUGGAAUGCAUUUGAGGUAAAACAAACAAAGAAGACAAACAUGUUGACAUCUGAGAUGUUGGAUAAUAUGGUGUAUGUAAGAUUGAACUCAAUGAUGAUGGAGAAAUUUAACAUUGGUGAAUCUCUAGACUUGGAGCCAAUCUAUCUUGACAAACUUAAUGAGCUUCCUGAAAAUGUUGAUCAUGAACAAUUUUGGGAGGAUGAUGCAUUCAGUGGAGUAGCUGAAAAGGUUAUUGAUGACUAA